AUGAAUAAGAUUAUAGCAUUAUCAACCCACCUUGCUCGUCACGAUUCACAAAAUCUCAUCUCUCUUACCGCCAGGCCUAGACAAUCUAGCAUCCAGGGUUACAAGGGCCAACCGGCUGAUUAUUGGGUCGAUCGAUGCCACGAUUGUGGGAAAUCGGAUCACCGAAAGCACUCAAGAGAUUGCAUUGUGGAGCAACAAAGGCAGCAAGUUGCUGCUCAGGAGCGUCAGAUCGCCGCUCUCCAACAAGAAAUCGAAGAGAAGGACCGCCAGUUAGUGGCUGCCAUUGAAAUGUGCAACCGAGAGAGCGCUCGGGGAUGCGAGUACUUGAAAAUGGCCACUGAUGCCCAAGGGGAACUGGCUCGAACUUUUGGGCGGCUCUUUGAUGCCGAGAAAAAGCUUGAGAAGCAGGAUGAAGGAGGAGAGUAG